AUGUCAUUUGUCGCGAAGUAUACACAAAAACGGAAAAACUGUCGCUAGUUUAUCUACAUUUUGUCCACGAAAACAUAGUAAUUUCACAGCUCGGUCGCAGCAGUGGUAGCCGUUUGUUUUCGAUUCUUUGCACCGUGCACAUCCAGGAACCAGUUGCGGAAACAGAAUUUUCGCGAUGAACAAAACGAACGAGAAAAGUAUACACGAAAUGCUAAAAAACACUCCGUCCAUGAACGACAGUACCGAUGUGGUGCACACGGGCUCCGAGCAGCAAACUAUCAAGCACUCGACUACGCUGACCCUGCGGAACGUUAGCAACCACAGUCUUUCGUCACCGACGUCGAUCAGCCUGGAGGAUGAAUCAGCGUACAUCAAGAACGGCUCGUCGAAGCUCGAUACGUUCCGCAACUGGAGCAUUACCACGUACAAGUGCACCAAACAGAUAAUGCUUGAGAAGCUUGGCAAAUCGACGCGCACGGUCGACCUGGAGCUCGAGGCCCAGAUCGAUCAGCUAAAGGAGACGCAGAAGAAGUAUCUCAGCAUACUGCGCUUAUCGCGUGCUUUCACGUCGCACUUUUAUAACUGCAUGCAAACGCAGAGCCUGCUAUCAGAAACGUUCGCCGAUCUGGCCCAGAAGAGUCCGGAACUGCAGGAGGAGUUUCUUAGGAACGCCGAAACACAGCGCAUUUUGACGAAGAACGGCGAGCUGUUGCUGAACGCGUUGAACUUUUUCAUAUCGUCCAUCAAUACGCUGUGCAACAAGACGAUCGAGGAUACGCUGCUAACGAUUCGACAGUACGAGCUGGCGCGCGUCGAGUACGAUGCAUACCGGGUCGAUUUGGAGCAGCAGCGAACCAGCGGCAGUGAACCGCAGCAGAAGUACUCCAACGAUGAGGUACAGAAGAAGUACGAGAAAUGCAAGGAACAGUACGAGAAGCUUCGCUCGGAUAUAGUGGUGAAAAUGCAAUUUUUGGAAGAAAAUCGGAUCAAAGUGAUGCACAAACAAUUGCUGCUCUUCCAUAACGCCAUAGCAGCGUAUUUUGCUGGGAACGCGAACGGGUUGGAGAAGACGUUACAGCAGUUCAACAUUAGUCUGAAGAGUCCCAACUCGGUAACGAGCUCGUGGUUGGAGCAAUAGAAAAACACUCCAUCAUAUAACGUCCCAUGCAGACGCAUGAAUCAUUGUCAUUUGAGGUUAAUGAACUGAAUGUGAUUUUGGCUUUGCGGUGGGAAAGAAUCAGAUGUAUGCAACCCACUGAUGAUUAUAACGAACCAUUGAUUCCAUUUUAUUUGGUCACGUCUUUAUCACGUGUCACAAAAAUGUAUUCUCGAUUUGGUAUAAUCCCAAAUGAAGCCCCCCCGUCGCCGCAUCGUCGUCAUUUUUUCCACAUGUGCGCCUGAAAGUAUGCAAUAGGUGGCACAUCAAUUAAGUUUGAAUAUUUGAACAGUUGAAUUUCCGUUAGAAACUGUAAUGACUUGAACUAAUCGGUAAAACUGAGCAAGAUGGAGAUCAUAAACCAAUGAGUUGGACUGAAGAAAUGAGUUUGAAACGGCGGCGCGCCCGCAGCGAGCGCAGCGAGCGGACUGCGCUAGGUCUACCGAAAAAGGGAGUUUGUUAUAAAUUUGUGAAAUAAGGGGGGCCCGUGGGCCCCCCUCAUACCGCACCCCUAGGUUGAUGGCGUAGCCGAAUUUUGAUACACUCAUGUAAGUAAUGCAUGAGGGAGUUUAUGUUGUACAUCCUUUCCAGUAUAAUCAUCAUCUUUAAUUUAACGAGAAUUCAAUUCAAACGGUUCACACAACGGCACGUUUCACCAAUUGCAUACCUUUACGGUGCAUCCGCUCACAAAUGGUGUAGCCACAACAGCGAUUUCGGCUGGGUGGGCUUCAUUUGGGAUUUUACCCUCGAUUUCCUUACAAAACAAAUCUCGUUCUUAGAAGUGAUGCCAGAAUAAUUAUAUAUUCUAUAGCUAUUGUUUAGUAAUAAGUCGUGGCACAAGUCGAUUUCGUUAAUUUGAAAACUUAGUCAUUUGUAUUUAAUAUUUGCUUUUUGCUUUAUUGCGCUCUCUAAGAAAAAUGAAAAGUGUUUAUGCCAUUUAAACCGACGAAAUAUGUUCUAACCCAGUUGAAUGUGUUGUACUCACGCUCAAAAUGCUCUUAGAUUUCUGUAACCUAGUCAUAUGGUUUCAUAACUUCGAUUUAGUUUUACAUUCAAAAUGAAGAAUCUGCUGUGUUUACUCAUAAUCUAAUUCAUACAAAGUUAUGGCUAUGCUCGCACCUAAUUAUAAUAUUUUUAUGUUCUUAAAAUUGAAAUACUGAUUCGAAGUCAUGCAUACAUCUGAUCAUUUCACAUUUUGGUUUUCUUUCAACAUUUUUGUCGCAUAAGAAAGCGGGUAUUUGGCACGAAUGACGUGUGCGUGUGUGUUUCUCGGGUUCAGGCUUUUGCGAGAUUUAGCGGUCACAUAAAUGGACACCCAUCUGUUCACAGUUGCGGUCGAAUCGUUGACGAUUUGGACUAGGUAUAGUUACGGAAUAUAUAAGCACCUUGACCGCACACGAAUCACGUAAAAUAGUUGGUAGUAAACGCCACAAUCACACCAAAAAUAACACUCGUACACUCUGUGGAGGAUCACAACCACCGGUGGAAGCAUAAACAAGGAAGAGGCAAUAGGGACACAACAGCACACAUUACACGCGGAAAAGUAUGGCAUGGUGUGUUAAAGAGCAGCAUGAAUUAACAGAAAGCAUGAAUAUGGUGAUUGUGUAUAUGAGAUUAACGAUAGGAUAGGCGAAUCGGUGGAAAAUCGAUAGGAAAGAGGUUUUAGUUUUCCGUGUAUUCAAAUGUAACGUGAAUAGCUUCUCGAAAAUAAUAAUAACAUUGAAAUCAGUA